UCGGCGGUUUCCGACGUUGCCCCGAGUAAAAAUUAAGCAACCGAAAACGUCAUUCAUAAGAACGUACGAGGCCAUUGAAGGCCACUUGGACAUCACGCGUACAUUUUAGUAUCUCACAUUCACUCCAACAAUUUACUAUAAGUUAAGUCCUAUCAGUGAUUAUAGUGCGAGUACUAAAGGUUAUUGUACCAAACACGUGUGAGAAGUAUCCGAACGAGGACCGACGACACCCGAGUCAGUUACAGCCAGUUCACUUACUAUAGCGAGCAAAAACUUGCGUCAGUUCAUGUAAACAAUUACUCUAUUAAUUUAUUUAUUCAUUAUUAAAGUUCGUACAAUAUAUUACUGAAAGAUAAUUAUCGAAUAUUUAAUUGAUUUUUAACAGAAUAUUUAAAUUAACGAUUGAGAAAAAUUUUUCAAUAGUCCGCAUUCUUUUACUGAUAAAUUAUUAUUAUUGUGUCGUAAAAAAAGUCGCAUCGAGUUUGCGCACUUGGUUCAUCAAAACGGAAGAUAUUUUUUUUAACAAUAACGGGGAUACACAAAUUAAAUGUUACGAGCCCGCUAAAAAUAAAAAGAUAAAAUAUUCAAAAUUUUUUUCUCAAGACUUUUAUUUUUAAAAUAAUUUUUAUUUUAUAAAAUAUAAAUAAAAUGAGCGAGCAGAAAAAAUUGAGAGUUGAGAACAUAGAAAAUAAACAUAUAAAAUUUUAUAUAGAAGCGCAUAAUGUAUAUAUAAAUAUGAGAUUUAUUUACAACUCAAUAAUAGAAGACUGGACAUUUUUGCACACAGCAGUCGAUCAAUCUGAUGAAGAUUUAGUAGAGUAUCUUUUAGAAAAAGGAGCUGACCCAAAUAUAAAUGUUAAAAUUUACGGCACUCCUCUUCAUGUGGCCGUAAAAAAGGGUAAUUUAGAUAUCAUAAAAAAUUUAUUGAAACACGGCGCGGAUAUAAAUGUGCGCGGUGACAUGUGUGAAAAUUUUACGGUACUUGAGUAUGCUGUCCAGCACGAUAAUAUUGAAGCUUAUAAAAUUUUAACCGAUAGGGUAAAUAUGUUAGAUCCUGUUUUAAUGUGCAUCGCACUUAAAUAUAACAGUAAAAAAAUAUUAGAUGCAUAUUUGACUGAAAAUAUCGAAGCAAAUUACCGAUCAAAAGACUAUGGAUCACUUCUUCAUUGCGCAGUUCAUAGCAAUAAUUUAGACGCAAUUGAACGACUGAUAAAAUAUGGUGCGGAUAUAAAUUAUGCGUGCAGUUAUAAUAACGGUACGGGUUUAUGGGACUACAGUGAUUUGACGGCCUUACAAAUUGCUGUCAUUUUUAAUAAAAUGAAAGCUGUAAAAUUGUUGGUACAGAAACAUGCUGAUGUUAAUAUAUGCGCAGAUGAUGACGAAGCGGCAUUGAGUUUGGCUAUUUCGAUGACUUGUCACGAUGAUGUUAUCAAUGAUCUUCUUUAUGCGGGUGCUGAUAUUGGGAAAAUUGAUUUAUCGAAAUAUGUGGGACGAGAAUCAAUUAAAAAAUUGAUUAAAAAACAAGCUGUUAAAUUGAAUGUCGCUAAAUUGUAUGUCAGUGAAAAACAUUUAGAAACAAUUGCUGAUGACAGAGAAUUGAUUGAUUUUCGAAAUCGCUGUAUUGAGGAAAUAGAAGAUAUGAAAAAAAUAAAAAUCAGUAUGUCGGGUGUUAACUUUUAUAGUCUUUUAAGAAAAAAUUAUCAUCAACUGGCGCUGUAUGCUAAAAAUGAUGUAAUAAGAUCAGCGGUUUUAGAGACUGAUUUUUUGGGAACACACUUUCCGUUGUAUGCUGGUAUUGUUAGUAGUCGAUUCCGUAAAGGACUUGAACGAAAAAAUUUAUUGGUGAAAAUUGAAAAUUUUGUUUUUGACGUUUUUCAUGAUCUACCUGACACUUUUGUAAGAAAUAUAUUUUUGUAUUUGAGUAAUGGUGACUUGGAAAGCUUACAAAGUAGACUGUAAUUAAAUUUAUAUUGAAUAUAAAUUGUUAUUUUUUUUUAAAUUUAUUUUUAUAUUAUCAUUUUUAUUAUUAAAUCUAUUUUGUACUAAAAUGUUUUUAAUAAAUGAUAAAAUUUAUCUAAGUUUUGAUAAAUAACUUGCUUACUAUCUUAAUUGAUAAAUCUAAUCAAGUACCAUAAUGUUAUUUUUAUAGAUAUGCAGGUGUCUCUUCUUAAUAAUUUCGAUAGAAUUCAAUGAAAAGUGCCAAAGACUUCGUGGAAACCAUGGAACUUUUAUUAAUUUCUAUAAAGUUUUUAUUACUUUUGAUUGGACUCUAUUGAAGUUUCUAAGAUAAGGAUAUCAAUCAAAAGAAUGUCAUAUGCCUUCUUUUUCUACACAAGUAGAAAAAUGGAUCUUUCUUUAUUGAACUUUAUACAACAAAUUAAUAUUAUCUGACGUAAUUAUUAUU